AUGCUGCUUGUCCUUGGUAACCCUGGUGCAGGCUGUACCACCCUGCUCAAUAUACUUUCGAAUCGGCGACUUGGGUAUGCAGAAAUAAGUGGCAACGUCUCAUUUGGGUCCAUGUCGAGCGAGGAAGCAAAGGAAUACCGUGGUCAGGUUGUUCUGAAUGCUGAAGAAGAGGUCUUCUUUCCGACAUUGUCGGUUGGCCACACACUUGACUUCGCCACUCAAUUGAACGUCCCUUUCAAACUACCACCGGGAAUGGAAUCUUCUAAGGAGUAUGCGCGCACGUACAAACAGUUCCUCCUCAAAUCUCUGGCCAUGGAACACACGCAUGACAGCAAAGUUGGUGAUGCAUAUGUACGUGGUGUCUCUGGUGGCGAACGAAAACGGGUGUCUAUACUCGAAUGCCUCGCCACUCGCGGGAGUAUCUUCUGCUGGGACAAUUCUACGCGCGGCCUUGAUGCGAGUACGGCUCUGGACUGGGCAAAAGCUAUGCGCGUUAUGACUGAUGAGCUUGGCCUUACUACUAUUGCAACCUUAUACCAGGCAGGCAAUGCUGUUUUUGAACAGUUUGACAAGGUUCUGGUUCUCGACAACGGCAAGCAGAUGUUCUACGGCCCCCGAGAAGAAGCAGUACCCUUUAUGGAGGGCCUUGGUUUCUUCUGCGACCCCGCUGCAAACAAGUCCGAUUUUCUGACCAGUGUUACUGUUCCUAAGGCCCGUGCUAUUACUGAAGGAUACGAGAACAAGAUUCCACGGACAAACGACGAGAUACUGGGAUUAUUCCAGAAGUCUUCCUUGUACGAGAGAAUGAGAGCGGAGCUAAACUACCAUCAAAGCGAAGAAGCAGUGACCAACACGACCGUAUUUCAAGAACAAGUUGCCAGAGAGAAGCACAAAUUACUUCCAAAUAAACCAACAGUCACAACCAGCUUCUAUGUCCAGGUCAAGACCGCCGUCAGGAGACAGUAUCAGAUUGUGUGGAGCGAUAAGGCAACACUUCUCGUCAAACAGGCAUCUACGCUUGUUCAAGCACUGGUAGCAGGGUCACUCUUUUACCAAGCCCCUGAUCAUUCGGCUGGUCUUUUCUUGAAAGGUGGCGCACUGUUCUUUGGCCUUCUUUACCCCGCUUAUAUGGCAAUGUCCGAAGUCACAGAUUCUUUCACUGGCCGGCCAGUCCUCGCCAAGCACCGAUCUUUUGCUCUGCACUACCCAGCCGUAUGGGUGGUGUCCCAGAUCGCUGCUGAUAUACCUGUUGCAUUGUUCCAGUGGUCGCAUUUCGGCAUUGUCAUCUACUUCAUGGUAGGUCUCAAGACUACUGCAGCUGCGUUCUUUACCUUCUACAUUAUCAUCUUCUCAUCAGCUAUGGCCAUGACAGCUCUUUACCGCGCAAUAGGAGCUGCUUUUCCUACCUUCGAUGCUGCAACAAAGGUUUCUGGAUUGAUUACAUUGGCCUUCUUUCUCUAUAUGGGAUAUAUGAUUGGCAAACCUGAGAUGAAAGACUGGUUCGUUUGGAUAUUCUGGAUUAAUCCUAUGUCGUAUGGCUACGAGGCUUUGCUUGGAAACGAGUUCAAGAAUGCCGAGUUUCCAUGUCUCGGUCCAAAUUUGGUCCCUGUUGGUCCUCAAUAUGAGCAGGGCGAGGGUGGUCAGGCCUGUGCGGGCGUAGACGGUGCACGACCAGGCGCAACCAGUGUCUCGGGAGAGCAAUAUCUUGGUUCUAUGUCCUUCGAUACUUCCAACGUUUGGCGCAACCUUGGUAUACUUUGGGUAUGGUGGUCUCUUUUCGUGGUCGUCACAAUUGUGUUCACUUCCAGAUGGAAGGAGAUUGGAGAAGGCGGACGCGGCAUCCUCAUCCCAAGAGAGACUCAAAAGAAAGCUUUGAAGGCCAUGUCGAACGAUGAGGAGUCGCAAGCUGUCGAGAAACCGCCGUAUGAACCGGAAUCGAGUCAAUCGACAGCGCAAUCUGCAGCCGAGAACCUUAUCCGCAAUACUUCGAUUUUCAUUAUGGGGUUUUCUGGUGCUGGGAAAACCACCUUACUUGAUGUGUUGGCUCAACGCAAGACCGAAGGCACGAUACGCGGCUCCGUACUAGUGGACGGCCGGCAGCUACCUGUUUCGUUUCAGCGAUCUGCUGGCUACGUUGAGCAAAUGGACGUGCACGAGUCUUUAGCAACAGUCCGCGAAGCCUUAGAAUUCUCAGCACUGUUACGCCAAUCGCGGGAAACGCCACAAGAAGAGAAACUUCGCUAUAUUGACACGAUUAUCGACUUACUACAGCUCCACGACAUUCAGCAUACGCUCAUUGGGUCUCCAGGUGCCGGUCUUACUGUAGAGCAACGGAAGCGGCUUACCAUAGGCGUUGAGCUAGUUGCAAAACCAAGCAUCCUAAUAUUUCUCGAUGAGCCGACCUCAGGUUCAGACGGUCAAGCUGCCUAUAGCACAGUAUUUUUCCUGCGCAAAUUGGCUGAGGUUGGCCAAGCAAUUCUUGUUACCAUUCAUCAGCCAUCCGCGCAGCUAUUCUCUCAAUUCGACACCCUUCUCUUGCUAGCCAAGGGCGGUAAGACUGACUACUUCAAAGAGCAUGGCGCUCCAUGUCCCUCGAACGCCAAUCCUGCAGAGCACAUGAUCGAAGUUGUUUCUGGAGAUCUGUCCGAAGGCAAAGACUGGCCUCAAGUUUGGUUGGACUCGCAACAAUGCAAAGACCUAUCCCAGGAGAUCGAUAUGCUUGUAGCUGAUGCAGCCGAAAAACCACCUGGAACUGUGGAUGACGGCUAUGCAUUCGCUUCACCAAUAUGGGCCCAGACCAAACUUGUUACACAACGUAUGAACGUGUCAUUAUACCGGAAUACCGAAUACGUUAACAACAAAGUUAUAAUGCACAUACUCCUCGCAUUACUAAACGGAUUCUCUUUCUGGAUGAUAGGAGAUAGCUACAGUUUAGGCGACCUGAAGCUUAGACUCUUUACCAUCUUCAGUUUCAUAUUCGUGGCCCCUGGAACAAUCUCUCAACUUCAGCCGCUGUUCAUAAACCGUCGCGAUAUCUAUGAAACAAGAGAGAAGAAAAGUAAGACUUACCACUGGGCACCGUUCGUGACAGGUCUUAUUGUAUCAGAGCUACCAUACCUUCUUGUCUGUGCUUUUGUGUACUUCUUCUGCUGGUACUUCACUGCUGGGCUUCCGGGUGCAGCUCAAUACGCAGGUAGUACGUUUUUCGUUGUCGUCUUCUAUAUGUUUCUCUACACAAGGAUUGGACAGAUGAUCGCAGCAUACGCACCGAACGCUAUAUUCGCCUCGCUCGUCAAUCCUCUCUUCAUUACAACUCUUGUCUCUUUUUGUGGAGUUCUGGUGCCCUACAGCCAGAUUCAAUCAUUCUGGAGAUAUUGGCUAUAUUACAUUGAACCGUUUAAUUAUCUGAUGAGCUCUCUGCUCGUCUUUACGACUUGGGACACGGACGUUUCUUGCAAAACUAGUGAGCUUGCUGUCUUCGAUCCUGCACCAAACCAGUCCUGCCAGCAAUAUCUCGAAUUCUACCAACAAGGCGCGGGUAUCGGCACGAACCUUCUCAACCCAGAUGCAACCGCUCAGUGCCGUGUAUGCCAAUACGCUACUGGCGCAGACUAUCUUCGUACGCUCAAUUUGAGCGAAGAAUACUACGGAUGGAGAAAUGCUGGAAUAGUUGUGCUAUUUUCUAUGAGUAGCUACGUGCUCGUAUAUCUCAUGAUGAAGCUAAGAACGAAGAGCACGAAGACGGCAUCGUAG